CAACUUUAAGGCUCACGUGAGUCCGCACGAGAUGUUGCAGUCGGUGGUACUGUCGUCGCACAAGCGCUUCCAGAUCACCGAACAGGGAGAUCCGAUAGCAUUCCUCUCAUGGAUUCUCAAUACACUUCAUUUGGCGCUAAAAACUGGUGGAAAGGCAAAGAAGGGAAAGGGAGCCGAGGGUUCAACGGCACCGAUAGUCGACGACAGUUUGUCGAUAAUCUACGAGACAUUUAGGGGUAAAAUGAAGACCUAUUCCCGGAAAAUGAUUCCAAUGGAUAAGACAAUCGAUGAAAGGCUGCAACUGAUGCUCAACGAGGAGUACCGCGAAGUGUGCGAAGAGAUACCGUUCCUCUACCUGACCAUCGAUUUGCCGCCACAACCGCUGUUCAGGGAUGAGCUCACAGACAAUAUCAUACCUCAGGUCCCGCUCUUUACCAUUCUCUCCAAGUUUAAUGGCGUUCAGGAGAAGGAGUACAAGACAUACAAAGACUCAUCGAUGAAGAGAUUCGAGUUAACAGUUUUACCCAAAUAUCUCAUUCUAUACAUCAAACGGUUCACGAGAAACACAUUCUUCACCGAAAAGAACCCAACGAUCGUUAACUUCCCGCUCAGGAACGUCGACCUCUCGGAACUCCUAUCGCCUGAACACAGGACCGCCAAUCACUGCGUCUACGAUCUCAUCGCUAAUGUGGUCCACGAAGGCGAUCCCGAGGCCGGCAAAGGCACCUAUAGGUGCCAUGUCUUGCAUAGGGGCACCGGGAAGUGGUUUGAGUUGCAGGACCUACACGUGUCUGAGAUAUUGCCACAAAUGAUCACAUUAUCCGAGAGUUAUAUACAGAUUUGGGAGCAAAAGGAGGCUAUCGACUGAACCAUUGAUUACUAAUUUACCGUAUUAUUCAAAUGCUAACUAAUAUUUCUCAUUUAUUUGAUGUAUUUUAUGAUCAUUUUGUAACGAUUAAUAAAUUUUAUUAAAUUUACCAUGAUUAUUAAAAUAUUUGUAAACAUAA